AUGGGUUUGGAUAUGAUGCAUGGGAUGAUCGUUUAUUGUAUUGAUUUAUCGAUCCUUUUUCUGCUCCACUCUAGGUGUAAGGACGGAGCUCUGUACCACUACGCCAAUACAACCAAAAAGGUGCGAAUAAUUAACCAACAGUUGAUUAUUGCUAUGGCCCCCCCUAACCUGUUUGGAGGUCACAUGACCUGUGCUUCGUAUAUAAGCAUGAAUCCUGACAAGCGAGGCUUGGCAGCGAUUCGUCUCUCUUACAAUACACUCCUAUCUUUCUCCGAAAGCUUGCUCUCAGGCAAGUGCGCGAGGGACUCGGAUCGGCAAAACAAAAAGCCGAGCAACACGAGUAGAGCAGAAAAAGGAUCGAUAAAUCAAUACAAUCAAUCAUCAUCCCAUACAUCAUAUCCAAACCCAUCAUUCAUCUUAGGAAGCCCAGAAACAUGCCUCCAUCAAUACAAAAUGGCCACCCAGCCUCCUCGAGACGCGACAGUCGUCCUUCGAGACCACACCGACUACAGAGCCUGGAUGAUGCAGCUGCAAUCGAGAUUUGACCAUCCAAAUGACCUCCAAACCAAGAGCUCCAGAGAUGCCGCUAAUAGCUGA